UCUCUCUCUUCUGAGUAGGAGAUGUUUGAUGUAGGAGCUGAGGUCUUUCUGAAAGUUCCAUUCUUAUAUCAUCCUCAUCUAUCAGGUAUAUAUAUUUUGCCUAAAAAUAUUCAUUUAAUUGUCUCAGUAAAUUAAGUUUUGUCUCUCUCUGAAUCUUUCCUCUUCUUUCCAUCCAAAAUUUUGGCCUUGAAGCUGCAUGCCAUGUUCUUGUAGAAUAUAUGACUUCUUUAUGAAUGAAUUAUACAUCCUCUUCUUCUAAUCUUAAUCUGAUCGAUGAUCGGUUGAUAUGUAGCAAUUUCUUUAUCAAAGUUUUUUAGUAUUCAUGGUGGAAAGAUAUAUUGUUAGGAGCAUCUCGAGAGGAGAAGCAUCCCGUACGAUCUUGUUUGCUGCAUCGCCAUAUCUGAUCAAAAGAUCGAAGCUUGGUUUUUAUUUCUCCUUGAUUUAGAGAUUUAGAGAGAGAGAGAGAGAAAAAAAAAUCAUUUUCUUUUAUGGCUACUUAUUUCCACGGAGCGCCGGAGAUGACGCCGGACGGCGGCCUGCAGACGCUGUAUCUCAUGAAUCCGAGCUACGUCGGUGGCUACGCCGACGUGGUGGCCUCGCCGGCGAGCAUGGUCCUACUGAACUCCACCAUCAACAACAAUUCAGUGAACUCUAUCAACCUGCAACAGCAGCAGCAGCAGCACUUCGUCGGCAUCCCGCUUCAUCAGCCCUCAGCUCCGGCGAGCCAGCACGAAUCCAACCGCAGUGGGCAGAUCCAUGAAGACGUGUCGUCGGCAGUCCAGGGCCUGCUGCCCCGACUACAGCAUAGCUUUUGGGGAGCGGCCCCGACGACGUCGACCCGCGACCCGGCUGUCGGCGCAGCCCGGAAAGGGCUGUCUCUCAGCCUCUCCCCGCACGAGAUGGCUCCGACGGAGAUGCCUCCGGAGAGAGCCGACGAGGCGAAGAUCAACGGCGUAUCGGGCUUGCUGACGGGGUUCAAGUACUUGAAGGCCGCUCAGCAGCUUCUCGACGAGGUGGUGAACGUCGGGAAGGAGAUCAAAGAUGAGUCCACAAAGAAGGCUACUUCCAAGAAUCCCGCCGCCGCCGCCGACAGCAACAUCAAAAGUACGGACGCCGGCGGAGAGGAUAACGACGUCGCCAAGCGAGCUGCGGAUCUCACUUCCGCCGAGAAGCAAGAGCUCCAAAUGAAGAAGGCUAAGCUCAUUAACAUGCUCGAGGAGGUGGAACAGAGGUACAGGCAGUACCGGCACCAAAUGCACGCCGUGGUAUCCUCCUUCGAGUCCGUCGCCGGCAACGGAUCGGCGAGGACGUACACGUCUCUGGCUCUCCGGACGAUAUCGAAGCAAUUCCGGUGCCUCCGGGACACCAUCGCCUGCCAAAUCCAGGCCACGAGCCGGAGCUUGGGGGAGGAAGAGGCGAAGUCGGUCGGAUCCAGGCUCCGGUUCAUCGACCACCAUUUGAAGCAGCAGCGCGCGCUGCAGCAGCUGGGGAUGAUCCAGCACAACGCCUGGAGGCCACAAAGAGGCCUCCCCGAACGCUCUGUUUCCAUCCUCCGCGCUUGGCUCUUCGAGCACUUCCUCCACCCAUAUCCGAAGGAUUCGGACAAGCUCAUGCUCGCUAAACAGACCGGACUCACAAGGAGCCAGGUCUCGAAUUGGUUCAUCAACGCGAGAGUGCGACUGUGGAAGCCGAUGGUGGAGGAAAUGUACAUGGACGAGGUUAAAGACCAAGAACAAAACACGUCGGAGGACAUGGCGAGCAAGAGCGACGCUCGUGGAAGCUCCACGUCCAAGUCCAACGCGCUAGUACAGAAGCAAGAAAACAGCGCGCCAGUUCAGCCUUCCUACUACGAGCAGGACGACGAGAUGGCGCUGCCGUCGGCGGCGGCAAUCAAGAAGGCGAGGAGAAGCGAGGAGGAGUUCGUCGCCGGCCCGACGACGACGACGACGAGCAACCAGGAGUUGCUUAUGAAGCUCAUGGAUGGAAGGCCGAGAGUCGGGGAUCAGCAACAGGGCUUCAACCCCUCCUUGAUCCCGGGGCAUGGCAGCUACGGAGGCUACUCGAUUGAGCAAUUGGCUCCGAGGUUCUCGGGCAAUGGGGUGUCCCUCACGCUGGGCCUGCAACACAACGGGAACCACUCCCUUUCCGUGGUGCAUCCAUCAAGCUUCCUCACCAGUCAAGGCAGCGACUACAGCACAGCAGUGGCACAUCCAUCGCAUGCAACGGCAUUCAUGGCUGAUAGAGGCCUUCUGCUCAAUUACUACCACACCUCGUAGGUUAAUUAAAUAUCUUCCUAUAUUGGAUUUCGAUCGAUAUAUCAGUAAUCAACUAUAUAUAUAGAUAUAUAUAUAUGGCUGAGUACUAGUACGUAGUAGUAGUAGUAGUGUAUAUAAUACACAGUAUUAUACGUGCUGUAGACUAGAAUUAUAUUAUCGGGUCUAUAUAUAUAUUAUAUAGCGUUUGGUGCAAGAAGCUAGCUUAUGUCUAUCAAAUUUAGAGAUCAAUGUGCAAUUUACACUCUCAUUUGAGGCUUAAUUAUGAUGCAAACAUGCAUAUGGAUUUGUGUAUUA